AGGUUCAUUCGUAUGAUCGCGCUCGCCACGUUUGGAUCGAUUCGCUGAUUCGGUGGUUAUUGUUUGAAGCUUUUUAGAAGGUGUUACUCGGGUCAGCUUCCGGUGGAAAAGUGAUUAGUCGUGGUCAAUUAGCUGCCAUAGUGCGGAACAAAAAUGUGACAAGUGUUCUGUUAUUUUGAAGAGGGUGGAAUUGUGUGAUUCGUAUAGUUUAAUGCAACAAACCGCUCUUGAUCAUGCAGUGAUGAAGUGGAUCAACUGUAGCUCUGGAAAACAAUGAGUUAGUCAAGCUAGUGAGUUUCCCAUGAUAAAAGAUCGAAUCACAAGAUAAGAAGCGUAAUUCGAACCCGGGAAUCAAUUAGCGACCAAGUGUAUCUUGUUUGUGUUGUUUUGGGAAGAAUGCUUCCUGUUUUGAAGUGUAGAUGAAGGACUGUUCUUGACCCUCGCACUCGAAAAGUCAAGCAUAACCGUUGACGACCUCGCGCCGUGGAUACAAAGUGCCGAAAAACAGGGUGAACGUUAUUAUAUUUUGCGAAUGAGCAGCUCAAAGACACACGUGCGUGAUUACAAUUGAGAAAUAUAAGGCAAAGAAACAACCCUAAGAAGCCAUAGUUGGCAAGCGGCUGGUUGCCAAAUUAUGAUCGAUAGUUACACAUUGCACAGUGCCGGUUCGAUAAUCGUUGUGUAAAAAUUGUGCCAAACGCUAAUCGAACAUCUGCCACCACCGAGUGUCCCUGUAUGGAUGGAGCUUCGCUGAGGAGCACCGGAGGAAUCGACAUGGCCCAGAAAACGGACGAUUCGUUCAUGAUUUCCAGCAUCUGUCUGGCCUCGGGGAUACUCAUCUUUGCGUUCGUCUACUUCGUAAGGAAAUUCUUCCAAGGCGGACAGUUCAAAAACAAAGACAUACGACUGGACGCAAAAGUCGUCAUCAUAACCGGAGCCAACUCCGGCAUAGGGAAAGAGACUGCUAUAGAAUGUGCGAAACGCGGAGCCCGCGUAUACAUGGGCUGCCGGGAUGCAAAUCGGAUGGAAAAGGCCCGCCAGGAAAUUCUGGACAAAUCCGGCAGCCAGAAUGUGUUCGGCUUGGAGCUGGAUCUGGCAUCGUUCGAUUCGAUCCGGAACUUUGUGCGAACAUUCCUGAGCAUGGAGCGACGGUUGCACGUGCUGAUCAACAAUGCCGGUGUGAUGGCCUGUCCGAAGGAGUACACCAAAGAUGGGUUCGAAAUGCACUUUGGGGUAAACCAUCUGGGGCACUUCUACCUGACCAAUUUAUUGGUGGAUGUACUGAAGCGGACAGCGCCCAGUCGGAUUGUGACGGUGUCCAGCUUGGGUCACAAGUGGGGCCGAAUCGAUAAGGAUGACAUCAACAGCGAGAAGGACUAUCGCGAAUGGGGAGCCUACAUGCAGAGCAAGUUGUGCAACAUUCUUUUCUCUCGGCAUUUAGCCAAGCGGUUGCGAGGAACUGGAAUUCACACGUAUUGCCUACAUCCAGGAACGGUCAACACAGAACUGACGAGAUACCAGAAUCGCUGCAUGAUGAUUGCAGCGAAACCGCUCUUGUGGGUGUUCUUCAAAUCGGCCAAGUCAGGCGCCCAGACCACGCUGUACUGUGCAAUGGAGCCAACGAUUGCAGGAGACACCGGGAAGUAUUACAGCGAUUGCAAACUCAAAGAACCGGAGCCCCAUGCGAAGGAUGAUGCAAUGGCCGAGUGGUUGUGGAAUAUCAGCGAGAAGCUGACCGGACUUAACCGAUGACUAGAGCGUUUGCUUCCAAGCCAUCAAUGUUGAUUAUUUCAAAGGCCUCCGCUGUGCUGAGGCUCUAAGUUGUAGGUCUAGAAUAUCGAAACUUGUAUAAACUAUUCAAUAAAACAAGUCAUAUUUUACUGUGUAACCAA